AUGCUGCGUCAACCCCUCAAAGUAGCGUUGGUUCAAUUGAAGGUAGGAGCCGAUAAGGCGGCUAAUUUAGCUCAUGCCAAGGCGAAAGUUAGUGAAGCGGCUUCUCAUGGUGCCAAGCUAGUUGUGUUGCCUGAAUGCUGGAACUCGCCCUACGCGGUGACUGCCUUCCCCGAGUACGCAGAAGAGGUGCCUACUGGCGAAACCAGUGAGUUCUUGGCUGAUUUGGCAAAGUCGACAGGCGUCUUUCUGAUUGGUGGCUCAAUUCCUGAGAAGGACGGCGACAAGUACUACAACACAAGUGUCAGCUACAGCCCCUCUGGCCAGCUGCUUGGCAAACACCGAAAGAUCCACCUGUUCGACAUUGACGUCCCCGGUAAGAUCCGGUUCAAAGAGUCUGAUAUUCUUUCUCCUGGAAAUACAGAAACCCUGAUCGAUCUUGAAGGCUACGGCAAAGUUGGUUUGGGCAUCUGCUAUGACAUCAGGUUCCCGGAAUUGGCAGCUCGGGCCGCUCGGCGUGGUGCCUUUGCCAUGAUCUACCCAGGCGCCUUCAACACAACCACCGGCCCCCUGCACUGGCAACUGCUCGCUCGCUCGAGAGCUGUCGAUAACCAGGUGUUUGUGCUCGUGGAUUCGCCGGCUCGCGACAUGUCGUCGUCGUACCAUGCCUACGGUCAUUCGCAGGCAGUCGAUCCCUGGGGGGCCGUGCUAACAGAAGCUGCCGAAGAUGAGUGUAUUGUUUAUGCAACUUUGGACCCCGCUGCAAUUGCCGAUGUCAGACAAUCGAUCCCCGUAUCCUCUCAGCGCAGGUUCGACGUUUAUCCGGAUGUAUCGAAAAAGUAG